AUGGCAGCCACCAUCGCGUCCUUUGCCAACUUUCUUAAAAAUUCCAAAGCCCACGCCGUCGACAACCGUGAAGUGCUAAUUGCUGGUGUUUUAUACAAAAAACCAGAUCGUAGUUCCCUCUUGUGGAAGAAACGCUACUGCGUCAUCUACACGGGUGAACUGCAAAUCGUGUACUUUUUGUCCCUCGAAGAUUUUGAAAAGCGCGUCAUACGUGGCAAAAUUCCCUUUAGCUCCGUGCACGAAUGGGAUGGCAAGCCCAAUGGUUUUCAGUUCUACACGCCUGCUAACAACUGCUUCCGUGUGUACACGGAGACGUCCGAGGACCGACUCAAAUGGUUCCAAGUCAUGCAGAAAUGCAUCGACAACGCACCUGACAAGAAAGACGGAGAGCGCGUCGAAUACGUGCGCCCCGUAGCCUCGUCACCAUCUUCGGCGUCCCCCAAGGGCGCGAGUUUCCGCUCCAAACGCAGCGACUCGUGGCGCGAGGAGGACCCAGACGUGCUCUCCAUGACGGUAGAGCUCGAGGAUCUACGCAGUGAAGUCGCGACGCUAAAGGCCGAGCUUGCAUCGUACGAACAGGCCGAGAAACGUUACGGACAAGAGGUUAAGUCCGUUCUCAAGCGUCGUGGUAGUGUUCUAGACGACGGCACGGAGCUUAAUAUCGAGCCACGGGAAAUGGAACGCAUGCGCGCUAUCUUUAAUCUCUUUGACGUGCAGGGCAACGGGUUCAUCAGUGAAGACGACCUACUGGACCUUCAUGCCAAACUAGGUGAGCCCAUCUCGAACGAGGAUGCGCGGGAGGCGAUCUCGUACAUGCACAACAAAUCGUCCACGGGUCAAAUUGACUUUAACUCAUUCAUGAAAUGGUGGAAUGACGACCACGCUGCGGACAACCAGACGGAGGCCAUGCGUCGUUACCAGGCCAAGUUCAAAUUUCUCAAGGCACGGAUUGCUAACCCGGAGGUCGGGAACAUUGAAACAGAGGCCGUCGGCGCCUUCCCCAGCUUCGAGUUCCGCGUCAACUUCUACCACACGGGUCCCAAUGGUGAACGCCAGCAGAUAUCUCCAUGGCACGAUAUCCCGCUCUACAACCCAGACGGCACAGUUAACUUUGUCUGUGAGAUCCCGAAGUGGACUCGCAAGAAAAUGGAGAUUGCCACAGGCGAACCGUUCAACCCCAUCAAACAGGACACUAAGAACGGCAAGCUGCGCGAAUACGGCUGGGGAGAAAUGAUGUUCAACUAUGGCGCAUUGCCGCAGACGUGGGAGGACCCGUCGUAUGUGACAGAGGGUACGGGCUGUGUUGGAGACAACGACCCGAUCGAUGUGGUGGAGAUUGGCACAAAGCAAUGGCGCACGGGCUCCAUCGUGCAGGUCAAGAUUCUUGGCGUGCUCGCUCUCAUCGAUGACAACGAGACGGAUUGGAAGGUUAUUUGCAUCAACGUAGAGGACCACUACGCCCCGCUCAUCAAUGACGUGGCGGAUGUCGAGGCCCACAUGCCUGGCUGUAUCACAGCCAUCCACGACUGGCUCCAGGACUACAAGCUGCCUCAGGUGAACAAGUACGGUUACGACGACAAGUGCAUGGGCCGCGACUUUGCUGAGGCUACCGUGGCCGAGACUCACGAGUUUUGGAAGCUGCUAAUCGAACAACGCGGCGGCCAAGCCACCGUUUAA